AGCAAAAUGUCAAAGUGAAAAUGUUUUCCAACAUUAUGACCCUACAAUUUCUUUCCUAAUUGGACCCUGCUUUGGAUAUUACUGUUUUCUAACUUGAAAAUUCAAUCUUGUAGAUGCAAACCUAUCACUUUGACACUAUGGGACACUUUUGCAGCAGUCCAAGGGUGACAAAUUCAGCAGGCACUGCAAUCAGGCACUGCAUCAACAUCUUUCAAAGGGCUAUCAUUAGCAACACGAUCCGAUUCGUCAAUCGAGCUGAACCCAGGCAUAUCACCUACAUCAAGUUUGGAUGAAUGGAAGUCUUCAAAUACAGCUGUCAUAGAGCACGCCAUUGAGAUGAAAAAAUGGCUGGACCCCUUAUCUCUGUUUGCAAAGCCUGAAGAUAUUCAAACAACACCAAUCUCUGAAGUGGCACGUACAGAAAAUGAGGUCUUAGAAACUAGAGACAUUACAUUCCACAUAGGUUGCAGCAGUUGCAACAGAAAAGUGGACUACAUAGAAGGAAUCAGUUUUAAAUGCAUGUUGUGUGGUGACCCUGAAGCAAAAACCAUAAAGAGAUUCAGAAUUCUGUCCGAAAUAAAAGAUGAGAUUAGUGCUCUACAACCAAACAUCUGCAUCGAAGACAUUCUCACUUCUAUUCCUGUACGACCUCCGUCAUGAAAAAGCAGCAAGUCAAGACUUAAAGAGAAAGCUGAAAGUGGAAGAACCCAGCCCCAAAAAACAGUGCUGAGAAAUUUCAUCAGUGUAGAAGUCUUUUGCCCUUAAAUCCUGCUAGCUUGGAAAGCUUAGUUCAGUACCUGUGCAAUGCAUUUUGUGGUGUAUAGCUACCUACCCCCUUGUUAAAAACUUACUUCACUACUACUAACACCCGACUACAAGGAACGAAAUAAGUUCCAAAUUUUGUCACUACCUCUAAUACAGUUUGUAAGUUGUAAUAUAUUACAUCUAUUGUA